AUGUUUCCAGGCAACCAAAGACCAAAUUACCCUCCUCCGCAAGGUGGGCAACAAUAUGGCGGAAAUGGUGGUUACAACCGACCAAAUGCGCCUCCACCAAAUCAAUCGUAUGGUGGAAACAAUCAGGGCUCUUGGAACGCACCACAAGGUCCCCCUGGAGGUUAUGCGCAGCCUCCUCCUGGCCCCCCACCAGGUCAAGGAGGAAAUUACAAUGGGUAUGAUUUGAACUCUCAACAAUUCCAACAACAACAGCAGAGAUACCAACAACAACAAAGCAUGCAACAGAACCAGCAUCUGAGCCAAAACGGCCAAUACUCUGCUCCUAAUAGCUCCUAUGAUUCUAAUGGCAAUUAUCACCAAACCAAUCAGCAAUUGCAGGUGCCAACGGCGCCUCAGAGUUUCGGAAACAAUAGCGGAAUGACAUUCCAGUAUUCCAAUUGUACUGGCCAGAAGAAAGCGCUCUUAGUUGGAAUCAACUAUUUUGGUAGCAAGAAUGAAUUAAGAGGUUGUGUCAAUGAUGUGAAAAACAUGAGUCUGUUUUUAAAUCAGUAUUACGGGUAUUCCUAUGAUAACAUGGUGAUGUUAACAGAUGAUCAACAAGAUUAUCAGCGUAUUCCAACUCGCCAAAAUAUCAUCAAUGCCAUGCAGUGGUUAGUGCGCGAUGCUAGACCAAAUGACAGUUACUUUUUUCACAUUUCCAGUCAUGGUGGCUUGGUCCCGGAUCAAGAUGGCGACGAAGAAGAUGGUUUUGACUCUUGUAUUUACCCAGUUGACUUCGAGAGGGCAGGCCCAAUCAUUGAUGACGAGAUGCAUGAUAUCAUGGUAAAAGCUUUGCCACCGGGGUGCAAGUUGACCGCAUUAUUCGAUUGCUGUCACUCAGGAACAGCUCUUGACUUACCAUUCGUUUACUCCACUAAAGGUGUUGUAAAAGAGCCUAACUUGUGGAAAGACGCCGGUUCUGGUGCGUUGCAGGCUUUUGUAGACUACGAAAGAGGCAACAUCGGAGGCGCUAUCUCCGCCGUUUCCGGAAUUUUCAAAAAAGUGACAAAGUCAAACACGGGUAAUAGGGACAAGAUUAUUCAAAGUAAGAUGUCUCCCGCUGAUGUGGUAUCUCUCUCUGGCUGCAAAGAUGAUCAAACAUCAGCUGACGCAACUGAGGCGGGUAAAAACACAGGCGCAAUGAGCUGGGCGUUUAUUAGCGUGCUAUCUCAAAAUUCCAGUCAAUCGUACUUGUCUCUUUUGAACAACAUGCGGUCACUUCUCUCGGCCAAAUACUCACAAAAGCCGCAAUUAAGUGCUUCACACCCUCAAGACAUGAACAUUGCUUUCAUUCUCUAG